AUGCCAACGGAGAGCGAAGAGUUUCUUAUUUGUUGCGACGAAGGAGAAAUAGAAACCAUUUUACUAGCAAUUCACAACUUUUUCCUCAGUUGGAUCGGAACGAAUAUCAAAUACGAAUUGAAAGGCGGUUACUAUAUACCAAGAGUGACAAGCAUAACAAGCAGUCAGAUUUUUCUUAUGGACAAUCGGACAGCGGCAUCACAGUUGGCAUCGUUUUUAAGUUACUCUCCAGUUCUAGAAUUCCUUAUUUUAAUUGUACCGAAAGACUCGAAGACUGAAGAAGUUCCAGGACUUGCAGAGACGAAAGUUUUGUAUUAUUGGGCUGGUGACAAGGCAGACAUUCUUCUGGCUAAUUUCAAAGGAAGAGAGUUAUACGUAUACUACGGAGAACUAAGCGAUUCUGCAGUAAUUAAGUUUUUGAAUGACUGGAAAUCGAGUAAUGGAUAUCGAAAUUUGAAGUUUGUCUAUAUGUUUGUUGAUGAAUCAUUCGAAUUACAUCCUGAUGUAAUCAUGAGUCAAUGCAGUUUCAAAACUUUCGAUUCAAUGAAAAAGUUUCCAGUUUAUCAUUACCUAGAAAGAUACGAGAUUCACCCCAUCAUGUUCCGUUCUUUUAAAUUCUCCAGUCAAUACUAUAUAGUGAGGGAAUCAGAUGGAUACGUGGCUUCGUUCAAAGUUCAAUCGAAUUCAAUGUUUUUCACAGCCUGGAAUAUGAACGAGAAAGAUUUUCAGGAGAAGCAUGCGAAUAAUAUGUUUCAAUGA